AUGGCUGCAGCGGGAUCGGACGAAAGACAGCUCCUCCUCAAGACAUGCACCCAGGAAACCGACCUCGACAACGCCAGUGCCUCAUCGAAAGACGAUCGGCUCUCACUGCCAAAGUCAGAGCGCAUCACCAUGUCGUCUUCUCAGAGACAUCAUCAUCGAGGACGUAAAUUGGCUCGUCUAUCCCGCCAUCUGCCGUUCAUCAAAUGGGUACCAGAGUACCAAUGGAAAUGGUUGCCGGGGGACUUCAUGGGCGCAUUGACGGUGGCUUCGCUUUACGUGCCGCUGUCUAUCUCGUUUUCUCUGCUGGGACACGCUCAUCCUAUCAGUGGGUUGUACUCUUUCGUCAUCACUCCUCUUCUCUAUGCACUACUGGGGUCUUGUCCCCUGAUGGUGGUGGGACCGGAGGCUCCAGGCUCUCUUCUUGUUGGAACAGUUGUUGCCCUGUCAGGUCGAGGCAAUGAAGACGAGCAGGACCAGACCGUCAACGCCCAGAUAGCCGGCACCGUCACCGCUUUCACGGGGUCGAUACUGUUCCUCACUGGCCUGAGCCGACUUGGAUUUGUGGACUCUGUGCUCAGUCGACCGUUCAUGCGAGGUUUCAUCGGUGCUGUCGGACUCAACGUGGUGAUAUCGCAAACAAUCACGGGCCUGGGUCUUGGGCCAUUGGCGAAGGAAGACCCUAUUGUGUCGGGAGGGAGCCCUGCGCGGAAGCUUCUCUUCACUCUCACCAACCUUACGGAAACACAUUUCCUCACCGCUGUGAUUUCCGUAACGAGCUUUACAAUCGUCAUGAUAGUGAGACACUUUCGAAGCGUUGUGGAGUUACGGUACCCUGGAAUGGCGUAUUUCCCGGAUAGGUUUGUGGUCAUUGCUUCUACCACCUUUCUCACGUGGCUCUAUAGCUGGCAUGAGCAUGGCCUUCAGGUGCUUGGGCGUAUCCGAACACCAGAAAACCUCGGAGUGCCUUUCCGAUGGCCGUUCACAUUCCAUAACGUCGACAACAUCUCGAGUCUCAUCACCACAGCCUUUGUGAUUGCUCUUCUAGGCCUGUUCGAGUCUUCCUUGACAGCUAGGAGUCUGAGAAAGGCUAAUGCGGCAAACAAGGCAUCUCACAUCCCUUUGAACUCCAAUCAGGAACUCAUCGCCCUCGGAGUCGCCAACAUUGUCAGCGGGUGCUUUCUCGCGCUGCCGGGAUUCGGUGGCUACGGCCGGAGUAAGCUGAACUUCUCGGUCGGUGGAAGAACACCGAUGAGCAACGUCCUGUUGAGCGCCAUCACCUUGAUUUGCAUCUUCUUCGCCCUUCCUGCAUUCUACUACAUUCCGCGAGGGGUUCUCGCGGCCAUGAUUGCGAUCGUUGGCGUUUCAAUGAUUGAAGAAUGUCCGCACGAGAUUGCCUUCUUUGCGAAGAUACGAGCGUGGCCUGAGUUGUCCCUCAUGGCGUUGGUCUUCGGGGCCACGAUCUUCCAUUCCAUCACGUUGGGGAUGACGGUGGGACUGGCGUGGUCAAUAGUGUCUUUGCUUCUCCGCCGGGGAUGGCGAUCCACGGUCCGGAUUCGGGACUCCUCGACACAAGCCUUACAAGACGGAGACCUCGCACACAUGGCCGCGCUCUCGUCGAUGCGAACUGUGUCCGUCACCGUCUCCGGACAUCUGACAUUUGCCAACUCUGGUAACCUGAAAGAUCGCCUUCAGGCGCUAGAUCACGACGCAGCGUCGGCACCUGAGCCGUCCCACUCCCCUAUUAUCAAUAAUGACACCUCGCACCAGAAACGGGAUACGGAGACCGUGCUCAUCUUCGACAUGCGCCACUGCACAAGCAUUGACGGCUGUGCAGUCCAGGCCCUGACCGAGAUCAUCGAGCACCACCAUGCCGUCGGCGGAACCCAGAUCAUCAUCUGGAAACCGCUGCAGUCCCACGUCGGGGACGACAUACAGAACAAACUGACCCUGAGCGGCGGCGCCGCGGUGAGUCUGGGCGAGGAGGAUCGUAAUGUGAGCUUUAUCACCACCUUGGAGGAGAUUCGGGCGAUAUAUUAUCAUGGGGAGACCGGGCAAGGGAGCUCGGCGUCCGUGUUUGAAUCUUUAGACAUGUUGUAG